AUGGAAGGGCCCAUGCGACUCCUGGCCUGCUUGGCGUGCGUCGUCCCGAUGGGAUCAUUUGCGGGGACUAAGGGAGAUACCACCGGGAGCUUGCUCGGCACAGAGGUGCACAGCGAGCCCACGCAGCGCUGGUCCAUGCAGCUGCCGGCCGAGGUGAGCGCGGCGGCGGGCGACGCGGCGGUGCUGCCCUGCACUUUCACGCACCCGCACCGGCACUACGAGGGGCCGCUCACGGUCAUCUGGCGCGCGGGCGAGCCCUACGCGGGCCCGCAGGUGUUCCGGUGCGCGGCGGCGCGGGGCAGCGAGCUCUGCCAGACGGCGCUGAGCCUGCACGGCCGCUUCCGGCUGCUCGGCAACCCGCGCCGCAACGACCUCUCGCUGCGCGUCGAGCGCCUCGCCCCGGCCGACGACGGCCGCUACUUCUGCCGCGUCGAGUUCGCCGGCGACGUCCACGACCGCUAUGAGAGCCGCCACGGCGUGCGGCUCCGCGUAACCGCCGCGCCGCGGAUCGUGAAUGUAUCGGUGCUGCCCGGCCCCGCGCACGCUUUCCGCGCCCUCUGCACCGCCGAGGGGGAGCCGCCGCCCGCCCUCACCUGGUCCGGCCCGGUCCUGGGCAACAGCUCGGCCGCCGUGCCGGGCCCGGGUCAGGGUCACGGCCAUCAGGUGACAGCCGAGCUGCCUGCGCUGGCCCACGACGGUCGUUACACGUGCACGGCCACCAACAGCCUGGGCCGCGCCGAGGCCAGCGUCUACUUGUUCCGUUUCCACGGCGCCACCAGGGUCUCGGCGCUUGUCCUCCCGCUCGGCGCGCUUGGCUUCAAGGCGCUGGGGCUGCUGGGCGUUCUGGCCGCUCUCGCUGCUGCCCGCCGCCGCCCAGAACUCCCGGGCACCCAGGAAACUCCUCCACGGCCCCAGGCUCAGGAGUCCAACUAUGAAAAUUUGAGCCAGAUGAGCCCCUGGGGCCCGCCGGCAGCCGUGUGUGCACCGUGAGGUUCCCCUCGGCCCCCAGCAGUCUCUCGUGCGCCAUGAGGAGUGAAGGCCGGGAACACCACAGUGACGCAGGAAGAAAACUGGCCGUAGAAUCUGAAGGCCCAGGCUCCAUCCUGGCUCUGCCGCCAACUUGUGUAGUCUGGGACAAUUUUCCACCUCUCAGAAUCUUAGUUUGCCCACUAUUGAAUAUGGACAAUGAUAUUCUUCCCCAAAGCUGGUAGGACUGUCGAGACCUGAGGAAAUAAUGGACGUGAAGGGGCUUUGGAGAGUACAGAUUCAUCUACAGAUGUGGUGGUGUGACAGGCUCCUCCUUGCAGAGUGACCUGUGGAUGCAGAAACUUCUCAGAUAAGUGUGGCACCCGUGCCAGCCUCGCUGAGGACAGUGGGUUCCAGAGAACAAGCCUGGGCUCAGGCUGUUGGAGCUGGGGCUGGGGCUGUGCAAACCUGCAGCCUCUGGAAACUCAGUAGGGAGAGACCUGGGGCCCCUGCUUCCUUGCAUCUCCUCUGUGGCUGUCCCACACCCUCUGCUUGCCUCUUACCUCAUCCGCUGCCCCACACGGCUUUGAGCUAGGAUCCCUGGAAAAAGGACAAAAAUGUGCAUCAUCUGCAAGCAUCUGAAAACCACCGUCCUUGGGAGGCCUGAGGGGAGGUCUGGCCUGCAGGGUCCCUGUGGAUAAAGCAGCUACAACUCUGACCCGAUCUAAAUCCUCCCAAGAUGCACAAAAUCCAAAAGCAUCGACAGUUUCACUCCAUUUGCCCUAGUCCUGCCAGGCUGAUUUUGAGGGGUGUUGCCUUACAUUACACUUCACCGUGAGUUAGUGUGUUAGCUUCUGCCAUCCUUGGGGCUUAAGGUGAGGGGGAGGAGGAGCACCUGGGACCUCAGCAAGCAGGUGAGAUGAAAGGACACCCAGACAGGGGAUGGAAAAAGCAAUAAGGACAAACUUUCUUCCCUUCAGAACUUUUCCAAAGGCUGGAAUGUUAACCUAGAGUAAGCACAGGGUGCUCGUCUCUGGAGAUGGUUUGAAAGUUGAGGGAUCUUCGUAAGUUAUUAUGCAGGGCAGGGGAUCACAAGCUUCACCUCCUCACCAGAGCCUUCUCCAGAGCAAGUGGGUGAUGGCAGCGCCCCUUUCAUGGUUAACUUGGGAUGCAUCAAGGAGCCUGCCUGAGCUUUCAGAGGAGUCGGCACUUGUAACUCCUUGUAUGGGGCUCCUUUUGGGCACCUACCUGGAGAGUUAAGAAGUACACAGAGGAGGUAUGUAUUGGGACAUCUGCCUGGCCUUUUGAGGCCAGUUUUAUAGCCAAAAAGAGGCUUUGUGCUAGGCACUAGGCUAAGUGUUUAGGGAUACAGAAAAGAAUAAGGCAUGCGUAUCAGUUAGGGUAGGCUAGGUAGUGCUCUGGUAACAACCAAUCCCCAAAAUUGUAGUGACUGAAAACAGUAAGCAUUUAUUUCCCACCAAAGCUACAUGCCCAUCACAGAUUGGCAGGGGUUGGGGAGGGGGCUUUCCUCAUUAUAGUUACUCAGGGACCCAGGCUCCCAGGGACCCACCAUUUCUGUUAUAGUGGGCUACUUGGUUGGAUGUAUCAAGAAAGCUCUGGAGGGUCUCCCAUUUGUGAUCAUAUCUCAUAGGCCAGAAGUAGCUCCAUAUUCCACCCACCACAAGAGGCCUGGCAGUGCAACCUUACAUUAUACAUGCAAGGAGGACAGUCACAGGUAUUUGGGAACAGCACUGAUGACUUCACAGUGUCAUCAUAGUAAUAUGCUUUAGGAGCUCAGAGCGAAAGGGCACAGAUCAGUCAGUGGAAAAAUCAUGAAAGGAAUACACAAGUAGAGAUACACAAGAGGUGCUGUGGGAGCCCAUAAAAGGGGUAACUGGCCCAGUCUUGCAAAAGCUUCCUGGAGGAAGGGACAUGACGAUGCUACAAGAUGGCCAUACAACUGGGAGAGGCCAUAAGAGAGAAUGGAACUUGUGUUAGCUUCUGCCAUCUUUGGGGCUUAAGGUGAGGGGGAGGAGGAGCGCUUUGGACCUCAGCAAGCAGGUGAGAGGAAAGGACACCCAGACAGGGGAUGGAAAAAGCAGUAAGGACAAACUUUCUUCCUCUAAGCAGAGGAAGAAAGGACACUCUAAGCAGAAGGGACAGUCUGAGCAAAGUCCAGGAGGUCAGCUAUAGCCUGAUGUUUUGGCAGUUGAAAGUUGCUGGAACAUGAAGGUGGGGUGUGGCCAGAGCAGAGGCUGGAACAGUGGGCAGGGCCAGACCCCGGGGUGGAUGUUGCUACCACAACAGGGAUGGGAGGAGCAGAAGGGAAUCAGGGCACCCAAGUUCCAAGCAUGGGCUCCUUGUACUGCUUGGUCUGUUCACUGUUACCAAUCUGACUACUACACCUUCUCCAGUCCCAGGAUGCUUUGGGGUGAGGGAUUCUGCCUUGGGACCCUGCCUCUCGGCAGUUUCCCAGGAGGUUUUGUGGUCAGCAGUGUCAGAACACCUGGACAACUUGUCCAAAAGCACAUUCUGGACCCAAUCACAGGCUCUGGGGGUCGGGCCCUGGAAUUUCUAACAAGAUCUCCAGGAGACUUUCCCCACAACCUUUCAUUAUGAUCAUUUUCAGACACAAAAAGCUGAAGAUGAUCACUCAUGUACUCCCCCCACAGUCAACAUUUAUUAGCAUUUUGCCAUAUUUGCUUAAUGCCCAUGUGUAGCUGGCUGAAUCACUGGAGCUCAAGGUGCAGACAUCACACCCUAAAUAUUUUAGGCAUCUCCUAAUAACAAGAACCUCCAUAACCUCAACACCAUCAUCUCACUUGAGAAAUUAACAUUAAUUCGGUAAUGUCAUCUUACAGUCCACAUUCAAUUUCCCCAAUGUCCUCAAGAAGCCUUUUUCAGUUUGAUUCUAAUCAGGAUCCAAUUAGCUCCAGGUGAUUCCUAAGCAAGCUCAAGUUUGAGAGCCCCUCUCUGGGUCUGCCUGACUUUGUUCACAUAAUUGCGUAGACUUCAAAAGGUGCUAAGCUUAACUAUCAGCUGGCUCUUCCUGAGGUAUUUUCACUUUGAAGCAGGACUUCUUGGAAAUGGAAGCAGUGCCAUUCCUGCAAGGAAUGCACCUCCAAUGGAGUGAUUUCAAAGAGUGGUGGGCAGUGGGCAUAAGGGACAGCACUCUGGCACUCCUUUAACAAUUUGCCCACAGUGUGCAGGCAGCCUCCUGCUUGGUUCCCAGGUAAAGCAGCCAAUCCUAGAGGGUGUGGUAGUGAGGGGACUGAACUUGACCAUCACAGUUCCUCUGGGCUGGCUUUGGAACCUGGUGCUGUCUCUUAAGAGAUCUGGGUGGAGCAGAGUCACCUGCCCUUCCACAGCUGGUCCUCUCAGAGCACUCAGGGCUCUGCUGACCAAGAACAGAGCCACAUGCAACAGUGUCCUGGGGCCACAGUGUCAAGGAGAGAAACAACAUAGACGACUUGGUAUUUUCCAGACUGGACUUCCGAAAGUGGCCCAGGACACAGAACUAGAGUUUCUCAGCACAGGACUCCAUGAACAUGAGUCUGCUCUGACUGAGAUGGGCUUCUGCCAAGCAUGCUCCCCUCUGCUUUAGCA